UGCAGUGGGGUAGCGCUGGGAUAGGCCAUAACAACCACCCAGCCAGGCGUUGUGCUACUAUGAGGGAAAUACCGAACCGAACCGAGAGUAGAAAAACGGUUCUUGUCUAGGUUUUAUUCGAGCUAAAUGCUGAAAAUCCGGCGGAAAGUCGUGUAAGUGCGACCGCACGCGCCGUGUUCGGGUUCGGAUGUGGACGUUGACGUCGAGCCGUGCGUAAUGAGGAGAGUUGGAAAAAGAAGGUGUUGAGCUGCAUUUUUUUUCUCCCUCUCUCCCUCUCUCUUUCUGUCAGAGACAACUUGGGUCUGAGUGCUGACUACACUGCGAGGCGACGCGGAGAGAACCGAAGACUCCCAACACUUUCUGGCAUGGCAGGCUGGGCCUGGGGCUCUAACGAUGCCUCAGUGGACCCGUGCCUGACCCACCAUUGAAGACAAAGAGGACUACGCUGUCUGAGCAGAAUGACUCAGCAAGAGGGGGGACCCCCAGAUAGCAAGUGAAGAGAAGUGAGGAUGGGUGCCAAUGGAUCUAGCUAUCCACACUCAUGUUCCCCACGCACUGGGGGGAAUGCACAGGCCCAGCAGACAUUUAUAGGGACCUCAUCCUAUUCUCAGCAUGGGUAUGGCUGGGAAUCGAAGCUGUAUAGCCUGGAGCAUGGCCACGAGCGGCCCGCAGAUAGGAAGAAGAAGAGCCUUGGUCUAGCAACCCUCAAACGGAGGUUCAUCAAAAGGAGGAAGUCCAGCCGCUCAGCAGAUCAUGCUCGGCAAAUGCGGGAACUUUUGUCAGGAUGGGACGUUCGUGACUCAAACGCCCUGGUGGAGGAGUAUGAGGGCACAGCAGCCCUCAAGGAGCUGAGCUUCCAGGCCAGCUUGGCACGCGCUGAAGCUCCCAGCUUGCAGCGGGAUCUUGCCGCCCUCUACCAGCACAAGUACUGCACAGAUGUCGAUCUCAUCUUCCAAGGAACUUGCUUCCCAGCUCACCGGGCUAUUUUGGCUGCCCGCUGCCCCUUUUUCAAGACUCUGCUCUCCUCAUCCCCUGGAUAUGGAGCAGAGGUUCUCAUGGAUGUUGAGACAGCUGGAAUUGAUGUACCCAUGUUCUCUGCCCUGCUUCACUAUUUGUACACUGGGGAGUUUGGGGUGGGUGGGGCAGAGGAUACCAGGCUCCAGAAUGUGGAUGUACUGGUGCAGCUCAGUGAGGAGUUUGGUACGCCCAACUCCCUGGAGGCAGAUAUGAAGGGCUUGUUUGACUACAUGUCUUAUUAUGAUGCUCUGCUCAGCUUCUCCUCGGACUCAGAGAUGGUGGAGAGUUGUAAUGAGAGAGUGGCUGUCGCUGCAGCACCAACAGGGGGCUCAGCAGGCAAUGUUGGGCCCAUGACCCCAGAUGAGGACCUCAGGGCACACAAGGCAAUCCUCUCAGCGCGUUCCCCUUUCUUUAGAAACCUUUUGCAGAGACGUAUACGCACAGGAGAGGAAAUGACUGAGCGUACAUUGCAGACACCCACCCGCAUAGUGCUGGAUGAGUCCAUCAUUCCACGGAAAUAUAUACAGGUUAUUCUCCACUGCAUGUACACAGACGUGGUGGAGCUUGGGUUGGUGCUGCGGGGUAGCCCCUCGGCAAGCAGUCUUGGUGAGGUACAAGCCCUGGUGUCAGGAGGGCGUGGGGCCAGCACGCGCACAGAGGAGGCCAUGGAGCUCUACCAUAUCGCUCUGUUCCUGGAGUUUAGCAUGCUGGCUCAAGGCUGUGAGGACAUUGUUGUGGAAAGCUUGGCUCUGGACUCACUCGUCCCCAUCUUGAAGUGGAGCUCCCAGCCGUAUGGCUCCAAGUGGGUCCACCGGCAGGCCAUGCACUUCCUCUGCGAAGAGUUCAGUCAGGUGGUCUCUUCCGAUGUUCUCUAUGAGCUUAGUAAAGACCACCUUCUCAGCGCAAUUCAGUCCGACUACCUGCAGGCGAGUGAACAGGACAUUCUCAAGUAUGUUGUUAAGUGGGGCGAGCAGCAGCUUAUUAAGAGGAUGGCAGACAGGGAGCCCAACCUGUUGAGCGGCACAGCUCAUAGUGUAAACAAAAGGGGUGUGAAAAGAAGAGACCUGGAUGUGGAGGAGCUAAAAGAGAUCCUGUCUCCCCUCCUGCCCUUCAUCCGAACUGAGCACAUCUUACCCUCCAGCAGUGACGUCCUCGCUGACGCGCUUAAAAGGGGUUUGAUAAGCACCCCUCCCUCAGACAUGCUGCCCACAGCUGAGGGAGGAAAAGCCAAUUCCUGGUUACGGCAAAAGAACGCCGGUAUAUAUGUGCGUCCCCGCCUGUUCUCUCCUUAUGUAGAGGAAGCUAAGGCUGUACUUGAUGAAAUGAUGGUGGAGCAGACAGACCUGGUGCGUUUGCGGUUAGUACGCAUGUCCAACGUCCCAGACACACUAUACAUGGUCAACAACGCCGUGCCUCAAUGCUGUCACAUGAUCAACCACCAGCAAAUGGCAGGGAGCUCAACAACGGCUCCAUCAGUGGUGGCCAAUGAAAUCCCAGUGCCUCAGCUUUCUGUGGUGAAAGAGAUGAUCCGAAGGCUGCAGGAGCUGAGACACACAGAGCAAGUCCAGAGAGCGUAUGCCCUUAACUGUGGGGAAGGAGCCACCGUCAGCUAUGAGCUGCAGCUGCGGGUGCUGAGGGAGUUUGGUCUGGCAGACGGAGCCACAGAGUUACUGCAGAACCCGUACAAGUUUUUCCCUGAUGAACGGUUUGGAGACGAGAGUCCAAUUCUGGCUCUGCGCCAGGUGGGUCGUUGUCGGGUAAACAGCAGCCCAGCCAUGGAUAGCAUGUUCUCAGAGCUGGAAGGGAUAGCUGGCUUCCACCCACCCCUGCCUCCCCCACCUCCCCCCUAUUACCCCCCUGCCACACCCAGCCAUACACAGCUCAAGGGUGCUUGGCGUCCUCGCGUGCCCAUGCCGACCCCCACCCGUUCCUUCUCCUAUCCCUGCAACCGCACCCUGAUCCAGCGCCAUGCAGCUGCCAAGCAUGGCAGCUCAGAGUACUCCUCUGUGCCCAGGCCCCAGCCCCCAGACUGCACCAACCCACAGGCCAUGGGCCGAGCUUUGCUUUCAGACCAGCAAGCGAUGAGCAUGGAACCUGUUAUGAGGGAGUUCAUGCCUGAUAUUGCACUAGGUGUCUCAGUCAUGUCUCUGAGGGAGCAGCACAUGGUAGAGAUGGACAGAGACGGCCCACACAGCCCCAUGGGCCCCUCGGGCCACCAUCUGCCUCACGGGCCCUGUCCCUCUGCCCGCCUCAGCCACGGCCAUGGUCCUGGACAUGGUCACUCUUGCAAGAGACAUGCUCCUGAACCCAAGCUGGAGGCUCAAGCCGAGUUUCCUGACCUCUACGACUUCUCCUGUCGACCUGCAACCCCGACGUCCGCUCACCCUUUACCCUCCUUUGUGGGACCGGACCUCUACAGCCACAGCUGCACCUCCUCCAGUUCCUAUCCAACCUCUUACAUUUCAGACUCUCAGUCCCAAGGCCACAUGCAAGGGCGGACUGCUCCAGACCCACUACGACUGGAUGUCCUUAGUAUGACCUCACAGAGGCACGAUGGAGUCCUUGCCAGUCCUUCUGGGGCCCAGCCUCGGAUGGCGCACGUCCCGAGAGGGCGAUCGAAUGAGACAGACCUGACUCAUGGCCUGGGUCAUCUGCGGUCUCCCAGUGGUAACAUGGACAGUUAUGAGGAGAGGCACAUUGGACCUAGAGAUGCCCCAGAGGAGAUGGUUCUUGCUGGAGAAUCGUCAGGUCCAUCUCCCCUCCAGCAACCUCACAGGAACAGUGUCAGUGAGGAGAUUGCCAGAGACCGCAGGUCACCCAGCAAGCCUGACUACCCUUAUAAGAAAUCAGCACUUUAACCCCUGUUGAGGGCCUGGGGUUGAAUUAAGAAAAGGGAAAAAAAGUGAUGUGUGGCUGUCUGUCAUAAUGGACGGUUCAGCGCUAAAUGUGUGUCUGUGUAUUCAGUAUGUGUGUUUGACAGGAGCAGGGAAAGGGUAGUCGAUGGUUGCUAUUUAUAGGGUCCGUUCUUUUGUCCUACCUCUAUCACACCGUGCCAUCCAUCACACAGUCACAGUAUAGAAAGAGUAAAGGUCUUUGCACACCAGACGCAAUGUUUUGAACGUGUAGGUCAGUGCGAGCUUUGCACAUUGGCGCAAUUCACUGAUCGGAAUGCGUGUUGUUGAUGUUGUUGAAUAUAUACACACGAGACUAGACGAGACUGUUUUUAGACAGACAGUACCUUCCUCAAAUCCUUUAACCGUCUGUUAGCACAUCUUAAAGUCUGUCCUGAAGCGGUGACGUGGUAAAGUUUAAGCUCUCGUCUCUUCUUCGUCAUUGGCUUUUUAUCCUGUAACGUUACUGAGCACUAGUUCGUCCUCGCUACACGCUGACACCACCCGUUUGUUUCCAUGAUGAAAUGUAUUUUAAUCACAUCACCCUAGAUGUGAAUAUAGAGGGUGAUCUUGAAAUUCACCUCCAAAUUAUUCUCAAUUUUGUGCUUUUUCUUUGUGUUGCUGUUGAUGUGCAAAGGCCUUGAGAGCUGACAGUUGUCUGUCGAUGCUUGUAAAUGAUCUCUGUCAGCCUGCCAGUCGAUUCCCGGGGUCUUAAAAGAGCUGUUUUUAAGACGCCGGGAUCGACUGGUCUCUUGAGUUUGACUGCAAAGAAGGGUCAGCUCUGUGCUGUGUGAAUUUUGCAUGAUGAGGUCAAACCACACAAGAUGUAGCUCGGUUAUGAACCGGUGGUUGAACAAAGACUGUCUGUAUUCAUUAGCUUUGCUGGGCUCGUGAUCAUGUUCAGGACAGAAUGGGGAGACGGCUGGAUGGGAAUCUCAAUUUACACUCGCAAACAAUGGCACACAGGCUGGGACAAGAGGAUUGUGAUGAAAUGAUAUGUAAAUACAUCAGGCUGUACUCUUUCCUCCCAUGACUUGUAUUUCCAUUUCUUCCUGUAGCUCGCCUAUAGCAACACACACCUGACUAAGUUUCCCCUACUGGCCAUGGUUCUGCAGUGCUGAUGAGUAACGGGCCAAGGCUUGGUCACACAAUGCAGGAAUUGGAUCCGACAGGAAGUAGGUCAUCGGAGCUCGUCAUUGUCCGGUAACCCAGUCUGAUAAUUGUGUCGGGCUUCAGCUAUCACGGCCUCGCCGUGUUUAGCUUGGAGGCAGGAGCCUGGUGUUUAUUUGGAGAAAAGGGAGGGUGCAGGAGGAUCGUGGACAAGUCUAUUACUGCGAUACAGUUGACAGUAUAAGGGUGCCAUCGUUGUUGGUUUUGCAGCUGGAGUCGGUGUGUGCGCUAACUUUAAUAUACACAGGUGUUUAGACAAUCUCAGUACUGUACACUCCCAUGUUUAGUCAGGUCUGUUUGUGUAUAUAUCGGAGAGUCUGAGAUAAUCACAUGUCUUUAGCACAGAGUGGUGGUCGGUGUGAAGAGCUCCCUCCUGUUCCUUUUUUAACCCAAUAGCAUCAAGUAAUCAAAUCUAAAGCCUUAAUCAGUGCUUGGAAUAUUCAGUUUAUCUACAUUUCUUCAAUUUAGUAUGAUGUCAUUGUAUCGCACCGCCCUGUUAAUAGCUUAUUUGACAGUUCUGUCCACUACAGAUUUGUUCACAGCAGUUGAUCUGGGCAGCAGAGGUAGAUUUCAUUUCACUUCAUUUCACUCAUAUAUAUAUAUACACAUAUAUAUAUAUUUAGAACGUAUAGAUGCACCAUUUCACCACCUCCCAUGAGGAGAUUGUGGUCCACCGUAUUCAGUGUUGAUACUGUCAAAUAUACCGUUAAAGAGCCCCAGUGGCUGUAGCGCCCCGACCCUGUAAGUACGUACAUAAAAGCCUGUUACAGCCAGCAGCUGGCACACAACCUCACGUAUGCGCAUCGUUGCACUGUAGGAGCCACCUGUUAAUUAGCAGAAGGGGAAAAAAGAACAAAUGAGUUUCAAACAAAAGAAAAUCUCGUAUUGAAGAGAAGUUGGCGAUUGCAGGCUCAUAUCUCCAAUGGAAAAAAUGUAUAUAAUGAAUUGAGCUCCACUUGUCUUGAUGGAUUUUUUUUUUUUUAAAUGGUUUCUAUCACAUUUUAGUGGUUGUUUGAAGGUUUUGUGUUUUUACUGUAGUGGACAACACUGUGUACUCGUCUUUAUCAUGAAAUCUCACUAAGAAUGUGUGGUAUAUAGCAAACAAAAAAGAUUGUGUCUCCGAAAUCUAUUUUGUUCUUCAAUGUUCCGCAUUUAGAGCAGUCUGUUCAAUAUUGUAGGUGGUGUGGAUUAAAAUGUUUGUAGUAGAGAUGUCCCCGUCCCGUCCCCCCCAACCACCACGAACACCACCUUUUUUUUCCCCCUUAACUUUAUAAGUGACAGGAUCUGGGGAUAGUAGCUCUCUGCUUAGCAGUGAUGAAGUUGCCAAGCAGAAAAAUAAUUUUCCAUCUACAUUGCUUCAUGGGGAAAAAAUGCAAAACUCUCGAUUCCUCCCCAUGUUCAUGUUGGGUAGCCGUUUUAUUUUCCAGGACAGUGUUCCAUUGGAUUAAAGUCCUUGUUUUGCUUUUUUUGCUGUAGAAAAGUCAGUGCCUUCCCCCGCCUGUGGCUGGGCUUUUAUUGGAGAAGUGACUUUGAUGUCUAUGCAAGCUCUUUUCUACCAGCUUACCAGCCUGCAUCAAAUAGUUCUUUGAAAUCUCAUGUAGCUCGUUUUGUGUACAGUGUUAUUUAGCACCUUUGGAAACUGAACCAUCUUCAAUGUGUGAUUGCUUGUGUUGAAUCCUAACAGGUACAUUGUUACUUGUAUCAUAGAAAAACGAUGUUUGUAGAUUGAUAUUAAGUUCCAUUUAGUUUCACUGAAUCUAUUUUUCUACUGUCACCUCAAAAAUGGUGCAUAGCAGUGGUCAACUUGGGCAUCCUUAAAAAAAUAAAUAAAAUAAACUGGUUUGAUAUUAAGGAAAUUCA